UGCCUGGCCGUGGCCGAUGCGGUGAUUCUUCCAACUAUUCAAAGGCGCCGCCCGCCCGCUCGCCGACGGUGAGCUCCGCCGAAGCGGUCGCCGGAGACCUCCAUUUCACCCUAGUUCCGUCUCCAGGCACGCCCGUGCCCCCGAUCUCAUCGCCGCUUCAGGCUCCUGGCCUCGCCCUUCCUCCCUGCAGUCCAGACCAAGCGCCGUUGAGGCCCCACCCCUGUGUCCCGGAUCCCGCAGGUCAGGGCGCACGUGCCCAGCUCGCCCGCGACACGGCUUUUGGGCAUCUCCGCACCUGCGAUUCCGAGGCCCGGCGCCCCUGCGGCGAGGACCACGGCCGGAGUGGAGUGCCGUCCUCACCCCGAUCUGGAGUUUUCCAACGCAAUGGAAGGAACAAAGCAUAGGAUUUUGAUGGUCUCUGAUUUUUUCUUCCCAAACUUUGGUGGAGUGGAAAGCCAUAUCUACUACCUUUCACAAUGUCUUCUUAAGCUUGGCCAUAAGGUUGUUGUCAUGACGCAUGCAUAUGGAAACCGUUCUGGAGUACGAUAUGUCACAAAUGGUUUAAAGGUUUAUUAUGUACCAUGGAGGCCAUUCCUCAUGCAGAAUACACUACCUACAUUAUUUUUGACAUUGCCAAUUGUAAGGACCAUUAUAAUUCGAGAGAAGAUUUCUGUCGUGCAUGGACAUCAGGCCUUUUCAACCCUGUGUCAUGAAGCGUUGAUGCAUGCUAGAACAAUGGGGUACAAAGUUGUCUUCACAGAUCACUCACUUUAUGGUUUUGCUGAUGCUGGAAGCAUUCACAUGAAUAAGGUGCUGCAGUUUACUCUUGCAGAUAUUGAUCAGGCAAUAUGUGUCUCUCAUACAAGCAAAGAGAAUACUGUCUUGAGGUCUGGGAUAUCUCCGGAGAAGGUUUUCAUGGUUCCUAAUGCCGUUGAUACAGCAAUGUUUACUCCCUCACCCGAGUGCUUAAGUUGUGAUGAAAUAGUUAUUGUUGUGAUCAGUAGACUAGUGUAUCGAAAAGGUGCAGACCUUCUUGUGGAAGUCAUUCCAGAAGUGUGUCGUCUAUUUCCAAAGGUGCGCUUUAUUAUUGGGGGUGAUGGUCCUAAACGUGUGCGACUCGAAGAGAUGAGGGAGAAGUUCUCCCUUCAGGAUAGAGUUGAGAUGUUAGGAGCUGUGCCUCAUGCUCAGGUGCGGUCGGUUCUGAUAUCUGGUCAUAUAUUUUUAAACAGUUCACUUACAGAGGCAUUUUGCAUUGCCAUUCUGGAAGCAGCAAGCUGUGGACUGUUGACAGUAAGCACUAGAGUUGGAGGUGUCCCAGAGGUUCUUCCUGAUGACAUGAUAGUACUUGCAGAACCAGCUCCAGAAGAUAUGGUAAGAGCUGUCAAGAAAGCUAUUGACAUGCUACCUGGCAUAGAUCCCCAAGUUAUGCAUCUUCGGAUGAAAAAACUUUAUAGCUGGGAUGAUGUGGCCAAAAGAACAGAGAUUGUUUAUGAUCGUGCAAUGCAGUCAUCAACAACAAAUUUGCUAGACCGCCUUCCCCGUUUUUGCAGUGACACUUCAGGUUUUGCACACCCAGAUGGAAUAAAUUCAUUGAUUUGUGCCUCUGUGAUGGUGUAGAUAUCUUACCUGUGGAUCUUGGGCUGGGAAACUGUUUUGAAUAGUUAUGAUCAUCAAUUACCUACUAUGGCGCCUUCUAGAAUUCCUCCAGCCUGCUGAAGGUAUUGAAGAAGUCCCAGAUAUAGGUCCACUACAUGCUCAGUUGGAUUCAAGAGAUGAUUCAUGUGAAGCUGAUUUUUGCUAGUUUUACAGACGGUUAGAGUGACUAUCAUGGAGUCUUCUCCGUGUCAGCAUUCAUUGUGGGUUUCUGGUCCAUGUACAGGGUAUGCCUUUAUGAUUUAGGUCCUAACUCAGAAAUGUCUUUGGGAAGUUUCCAGCUCCUGUAGUGGUAACUGAAAGACAGAAAGAGAGUCGACUGCCCCUGUUUGGGCAGUUUCUUGUCAUGUUGGUUAAAGCUUUGGUCUGAGUCUCUGUCAUUGCCGGCUCCAUCCUUUCUUUAGAAGUUAGUGGAUGAUCCUUGUUCUUAUCUCUUGCUGAGCCGUGAUCAAUGCGCAAAGUGCUCACUGAAACAAGGGGUACUCAUUUGCCAUCAGUUUUUUUUUCCAUCUCUCAGUUUUGACAGCUACUGGUUCUGAGUGCGCCCCAAAAGCAUCGCGGAAUUAUUGUAAUGGGCUAAGCCUGGAUCGCCAUGCUGUAAUAAUACUGGACAGUUUAUGAUGCGUGUAACGGUGCAGGGCACCUUUGGUUUUGGGGUAUUGCUAUGUAUGUUUGGUUUCUUCUCAGCAAUGCAUGAACACGAGCUGUAUGACUGA